AUGUCCUCGGAAAAUCAGCGCAGGCUUCCCAUCACCAUCCCCCCCAAAAGUGCUACGGAGCCGGCUCAACCAGCUACAUUCAUAUUUUUGCAUGGCUAUGGUUGGUCUGCCGAACAGUUCAAUCAGCAUCCUCCUAACAGAUUAUCUGUCGCAUAUCAUGUCCAUAAGUCGCCCAUACUUCAAAAUGUCAAGGUCGUUAUUCCAGAAGGUCUGGCAAAUGUUUGGGCUUCCCCUGGAAAGCGGACCUGGUAUAAUAUUGAUCAGCCUGUUCCCUCAGCUGGUGAUCCCCUGAAAACCGAUGAGUUUGGACAGCAUAAUUCUAAUGUGCGCGAUAUUGAAGUUUCGCUUGAUUAUUUUGAACAUCUCAUUGAUACGGAGGUUGCAAUGGGUACGCCUGCGAAUAGAAUCGUAUUCAUGGGAGAUAGUCAAGGUUCUUCAAUCUUGUAUCUUUUUUUGCUCACUCGAAGAAAGGCCGCGGACCUUGCAGCUAUCAUUACAUGGGCCGGGUUCUCCGCGACGCCGCUGGAAACAAUAGCACAGAUGCAAGAAAGAAAUGGACUAUUCGAAAGCUGGGCAAAGAAGACACGGUUGUAUAUGCUACACGGGAAGGAAGAUGUCUUCGUUCCUUUGUCGAGAUCUGAAGCUCUCGCGGCUGCGCUUGAGCGUUAUCGUGCCCGUGGUCAAGGAUUCACUACUCUUGAGUGGUUGGUUCUUGAUGGUUUGCGUCAUUCCUUGGUUGAACCUGUUUGGCCUUACGUUCGAAAGAUUCUGGAGCGCCUUUUAAUAGAAAGAGGAUCAGCAUCAAAGCUAUGA